CGCUACUGAGACUGUCUGUGAUAUCCUCGAUAGCGCGCACGGUGCAUUUGAUAUUGACUGGGCGUCGUAGUGUUGGCCGUGGGUGCUUCUGGUAAGUGCGCACGCCACGGUUUGGCGUCUGACGAUGCUCCUGCAGGCGACAGGAAGCAAGGGCAAGCGGAAGGGGCCAGCUGUAGCGGACCCUGGAUUAGCCCAAAGCCCAAGGGAGCGGAGUCGAGAGAGAAUAGACUCAGGGGUACGUUGUGAGCGCUCGACGGCAAUCGAUCCCCCAAAGGUGUCGUGCGGGUUAUAGUAUCCAAGCUUGGGUCGGGUCAUCGUUACUCCCCGCGGUUACUCUCCUCACCGCCUCCACAGUACUUCCUUCCAUAUUCACGACGUAGACGUUGUAGUCGCUCCUUUCGUUAUGGUCUUCCCUCGUUCAUCCUUCCAGCUCGCAGCGCUCUGCAUCACGCUCUUUUCAUCUUUCGUUUGGUUCUUCAGUCCGUCCUCCGGCUCCAAUGCUUUCCGGCAGCGUGCUUCGGAUAGAUACCCGCAUUAUGGAAGUCCUUCGAGUAAGGGAGGUUCGCCCGCAUCGAUUACGGAUGUGAGGCCAAUUGUAGACUUCGAUGAGCCGGCGAGUGAUCCGAUUUGGGACAUCAACAAUCGUACUUUGGGGUUUCAAAAGAUCUAUGCCAUCUCGAUGAUGCACCGGACGGAUAAGAGGGACUACCUGGCACUCAUGGCCAUGGUCUCAGAUUUGGACAUUGAAUUCGCGGACGGCGUCAAUGGCUCUGAGAUGCAUCCGAAAGCCUAUCCAUCAUACUGGAAAGGCAACCAAGCGAUGGGAGACUACGGCUGCUGGCGUGCUCAUCUAAACGUCUACCAACACAUGCUCCAGAACCGCAUCCAAACGGCCCUCGUGAUCGAGGACGAUGCGGAUUGGGACGUCAUGCUCCGACCCCAGAUGGUUGAAUUUGCCCGCGGCGUGCGAGCUAUCCAGGACGCCACGCUGCCCAUGCAUUCGCCCUACGGAGAUAACUGGGACUUGCUAGCAGUAGGCCAUACCGGUGCGAAUAACAAGCCCAAUAAGGACCAGAAGUACUGGCUCACGCCCGACGACCCUACUGUCAUCGCCGAGUCCCGACGCACAUGGGGCCGCAAACCAGAUUUCAGUGCAAAACAACUCGGCGGUGAGCACACGCGAGUUAUCAUGGAGGUAAACAAGCUCACCGGAACGGCCGCGUACGCGAUAUCAUUGAGGGGGGCUACGAGAUUGCUGUACGACCAAUCCAUGCUCCCCAACGCCCAAGCCAUCGACAUGGCGCAGCUUGCUCUCUGCCGCCACGACCCCUACGGCACACCCUUCUGCUUAGGUGCCUACCCCAUGAUCUUCGGUCGCUACCGGGCUAUCGGACCGCAGGACAAGGACUCCGAUCGUAGGGCCGAGUCCAACGAAGCCGAAGCUGGCACUGGGGGUUACCAGAAUAGCAACGAUCGCCUGGAGCCUGAGAGCGAGUUUACUGUCUUCCCUGUUAGUCUAAAUAUCGGGAGGAUGAUGAAGGGCGAGUGGGUGCUGCCAGCUAAUGCGCCGGACGUGGAUUUGGUGAAGGAGGUUGAUCUCAGGACCUUUGUGUUUCCAAGGGGGAGGGAGGUAUUUGUGAAGCCGGAGGAGUAUGUGGAUAGGAAUCCAGAGCUGAAGGAGCAGUUGGAGAAGCAGCAGGCUGAGCUCAAGAAGGACGGUGAAGGCGAGAAGAGGAGGCGAUGAUACUGGCAUUGAACGUCGUAUGAUUUGUAAUGGGGACUCCUUUUCUUCGUGUAUAGUAGGGACGCAGGGUACCGGAGUCAAAGGCAGUAGCGGCGUAAAUAGAAUGCACAAGGGGCU